UGAGUAAAACACAUUACCACCAGAGCAGAACAAUGGGCAUUGAGGGUUUUGUUCUGUAUCCUCCUUCUCCUCUUAAACCCUAAUAAAUCAAAGUCAAUUUGAAUUUGAAUUGAUUGAUUCAUGAGUAUGAGGAGAAAGAACAGAGAGUUAAAAACUCUUCUCUCUCGUUCUCUCCAAUUCUCAUCUUCUUCUUCAAAACACCCUCUCCACGGUUUACAUCACCCCAAUGACUCCACUUUUUCCCCUUCAACACCCACCCCUCGUGAUUUAUCACAAGACUACGCAUUUCUCCGCAACACUCUCAUCAACUCCACUUCCCCACAAUCCACUCCUUCUUCCGGUGACGACGCCAUUUCAACAAUAUCAAAAGCACUCAAAACCGGUUUCAACAUUGAAACUCAUCAAUUUUUUAGACAGUUUCGUAAUCAGUUAAACGACUCUUUGGUCGUUGAAGUCAUGAACAAUGUCAAAAACCCUGAGUUGUGUGUGAAGUUUUUCUUGUGGGCUGGUAGACAAAUUGGUUACAGUCACACCCCCCAAGUGUUCGAUAAAUUGCUUGACUUAUUAGGAUGCAAUGUAAAUGCCGAUGAUAGAGUGCCUUUAAAGUUUUUGAUGGAAAUUAAGGAUGAUGAUCAUGAAUUGCUUCGUAGAUUGCUUAAUUUUCUAGUUCGAAAGUGUUGUCGAAAUGGGUGGUGGAAUAUGGCUUUGGAAGAGUUGGGGAGGUUGAAGGAUUUUGGGUACAAGCCUUCUCAAACUACUUAUAAUGCUUUGAUUCAAGUUUUUCUUAGAGCUGAUAAGUUAGAUACUGCUUAUUUGGUUAAGAGAGAGAUGUUGAGUUAUGCGUUUGUUAUGGAUAGGUACACUCUUAGUUGUUUUGCUUAUUCGUUGUGUAAAGGUGGGAAAUGUAGGGAAGCUUUUGAUUUGAUUGAUGAGGCUGAGGACUUUGUGCCGGAUACGGUAUUUUAUAAUAGGAUGGUUUCUGGGCUGUGUGAAGCUUCACUUUUUGAAGAAGCGAUGGAUAUCUUACAUAGAAUGAGGUCUAGUUCUUGCAUUCCCAAUGUUGUUACUUAUAGGAUUUUGCUUUCUGGUUGUUUGAGAAAAGGACAGUUGGGGAGGUGUAAGAGAAUUCUCAGUAUGAUGAUUACAGAGGGAUGUUAUCCGAAUCGUGAGAUAUUUAAUUCUCUUAUACAUGCUUAUUGUAAAUCAAGGGAUUACUCUUAUGCCUACAAGUUGUUUAAGAAAAUGAUAAAAUGUGGGUGCCAGCCAGGAUAUCUGGUUUAUAAUAUUUUCAUUGGUAGUGUAUGUAGUAAUGAGGAACAGCCUAGCUCGGAUAUUUUAGAUUUGGUGGAGAAAGCUUAUAGUGAGAUGCUUGAUUUAGGGGUUGUAUUAAAUAAGGUCAAUGUCAGCAAUUUUGCACGGUGUCUUUGUGGAGCUGGAAAGUUUGAUCAAGCUUUUAAGAUUAUCUGUGAAAUGAUGGGCAAGGGUUUUGUUCCCGAUGAUAGUACAUAUUCUAAAGUGAUUGGCUUCCUUUGUGAUGCCUCCAAGGUAGAGAAAGCUUUUUCGUUGUUCGAAGAAAUGAAAAGGAAUGGCAUUGUUCCCAGCGUUUACACUUAUACUAUUUUAAUUGAUAGCUUUUGCAAAGCUGGUCUUAUUCAGCAGGCUCGCAAAUGGUUUGAUGAAAUGUUACACAAAGGUUGCACGCCGAAUGUGGUGACUUAUACUGCUCUUAUUCACGCAUACCUGAAAGCCAAACAGAUGCCUGUUGCAGAUGAACUCUUUGAGAUGAUGUUGCUUGAAGGUUGCAAGCCUAAUGUUGUUACAUAUACAGCUUUAAUUGAUGGUCAUUGUAAGGCUGGGCAGAUUGAAAAAGCUUGCCAGAUCUAUGCCAGAAUGCGAGGUGACAUAGAAUCCUCAGAUAUGGACAAAUAUUUUAAGCUAGACCACAACAACUGUGAAGGACCAAAUGUUAUUACAUAUGGGGCUUUGGUGGAUGGUUUAUGCAAAGCAAACAGGGUUAAAGAGGCACACGAAUUGUUGGAUACCAUGUUGGCUCAUGGUUGUGAGCCUAACCAAAUAGUCUAUGAUGCUGUUAUUGACGGGUUUUGCAAGAUCGGAAAGCUUCAGGAUGCACAGGAGGUGUUCACAAAGAUGUCAGAGCGUGGAUACAGUCCAAAUUUAUAUACCUAUAGCUCUUUCAUCGAUUGUCUGUUUAAAGAUAACCGGUUGGAUCUUGUUUUGAAAGUGUUGUCGAAGAUGCUAGAGAAUUCUUGCACUCCAAAUGUUGUUAUUUACACAGAGAUGGUCGACGGCCUCUGUAAAAUUGGAAAGACAGAUGAAGCUUACAAGCUCAUGCUUAAGAUGGAAGAAAAGGGUUGUAAUCCAAAUGUUGUAACUUAUACCGCAAUGAUUGAUGGCUUUGGGAAAUCAGGAAAAAUUGAGCAGUGCCUUGAGCUCUUUAGAGAUAUGUGCUCAAAAGGCUGUGCUCCAAACUUUAUAACCUAUAGAGUUUUGAUAAAUCAUUGUUGUUCCAAUGGCCUUCUUGAUGAAGCUUACAAACUCUUGGAUGAAAUGAAACAAACAUAUUGGCCAAAGCAUAUACUAAGUCACCGUAAAAUUAUUGAGGGCUUCAGCCAAGAGUUUAUAACCUCAAUCGGACUUUUAGAUGAGUUGAGUGAGAAUGAAUCAGUGCCUGUUGAUUCUUUGUACAGAAUUUUGAUCGAUAAUUACAUCAAGGCUGGGAGAUUGGAAGUCGCAUUGGAUCUUCUUGAAGAGAUUUCAUCAUCACCAAGCCAUGCAGUUUCCAACAAAUAUCUAUAUGCUUCUUUAAUCGAGAAUCUGUCACAUGCAAGUAAGGUUGAUAAAGCCUUAGAACUGUAUGCUAGCAUGAUAAGUAAGAAUGUCGUUCCAGAACUUAGCAUACUUGUCCACCUCAUCAAAGGCCUUAUCAAGGUUGAUAAGUGGCAAGAAGCACUACAAUUAUCGGAUAGCAUAUGCCAAAUGGAUAUCCACUGGCUUCAGGAAAAGGCAACCGGUAUAAAUUAGGUUUCUGAUGUACAGGUUGAAUAUAACUAACGGAAAAUGGAUGCAGGUAGGACAGAAGAAAUGGUCAAGCUGAAGUGUGGUAUUUUUGGUAUUUAGGUAAUAGCAGCAAUGGUGGAAGCAGAAACAGGAGUUUCUGAAGAAAUCUUGGAAAGAUGUUCUUCAUAUUCCAUUAAUGUCCGAAUCCUGUGUUUUUUUGGUCCACCCAUCCAUCAUUACAUCAUGCAGCAUGCUAAUAGAUCUCAAGGAAGAGCUUGGCAAAGGAAUCAGCUUUUCGACAUCCGUGGAGCAAGGGGUUUUAGAAGCAUCCUUGGUUCAAAAAAAAAAAAAAUCUUUUCGUUUCAAAAUAUGAUUUCUUCGGAUGGAUAUGUUGGUCCUUGACUAGAGUUGAUGCUUUGUACAGUGUGCAUAGAUGAACUGGUUGGUCGCAAGUCAGAGUUGUGAUAAUAACUUCUCUGCUCACUCCAUAUAUCCGACGUCUGCAGACUUCACGGCGGUGGGAUCUUAAUGAGCUCUGAGCUGCCCAUAUUUUUUGGUAGUGUAUGUAGGUAGACGUUACAGUGCUUACAUGCUUAUUUAAUUUACUUGAAUCUCUUCUGGCUAGCUUGUUUCGGACAGCCAGAGGGAGAGACAGUCGCAUCAUGGUUGUUUUUGUAAUGGGGAUUUGAGUUGCAAGAGUCAAUCCGAACAUUAUAUAUUGUUUGAGAAUGCUUGGUGGAAUAACUUGCCCAACUUAUUCAGUUGCAAAUAUAAGCUCAAA